ACAAUAAAAAUACAGCUUCUGUUUGAGAGAAUUAUAAAUACUGAUCAGGGUUUGAUCCCUAGCUCUGAAUUAUAUAGUACUUUGUGUAAACGUACGGACAACACAAGGAUAGGAUUCUUGAGGAAACCUGAUCAAUUAAUAUCCAAGCUAGAUCUGUUGCAUCGAUCCUUCGUUUAAGUAUGGGAGAAACCGCAGCUUCUGAUCAUAAACAUGAUGAAAAAGCUGAGGAAGUUGAGAAGAUGAACAAGAAAGAAAAGAAAGAGAAACACGAGGAUGGAGAUCAUCAAGAGAUCAAGGGAGAUCAGGAGAAAACAAAGGACAAAAAAAAGAAAGAUAAGGAUGGUAAAUGCAAGGAAGAUAAAGGUGAAGGAAAGGAGAAGAAGAAAAAGAAUCCUGAAGAGAACAACGAUCCAUCAAAACUGAGGCUAAAGCUUGAAAAGAUCGAUUCCAAGAUGCAGGCACUGGUGGCAAAGAAAGAAGAAAUCUUGAAACUGCUUAAAGAAGGCGAACAAGGUGCCCCGGCCCCAAAUGCAAGUGGAGAAGAAGCUUGCCCCACCACCACCACCUCUUGAAGCUACGUACUCUUACUAGCUAGAUCAUGAUCAGUUAUCUGGAGUGCAAAAAAUCCUGAGAUUUAGGGACAUGAAUCAGUUAUCUUUACAUAUAAUAACAUGACUAAGAUCAUGAUCAUCUUCUGCAGCUAGCACAAGAAACCAGUCUGUAAAAAUAUUAUAUUAGCUCAAAGAUCAAUCACUGAUCAACAUAUCAAAUAAAUUGUGAAACAAAUUAAGAAUAAACCUGCACUGAUCAUAUCGAAUUGGCACAACAAUAUAUGUAUGUAUAUAUAUGGAUGGAUAUUUGGCCGAUGAUUGGAUAAGUAAUGUUGGGAAUGAAGCCUGGUCCUGAAGCAAUGCAUGCAUGCAUGUACGUAGCAGUAAGAUCGAAGAUGAUCAUCAUGAAUUAGUUGCAUAUUAUAAAUAUACUUGCAUUGAUCACGGACCAAGCUUUAUUCCUCACAUAAUAUUAUCGUACUUAUAACUAAUAUCAAUACAGAUUCUAUGCGUUGGGUUAUGUAUCA